CAGCAUCGACGAUAGAUUUCACCAUGGAACCAACGGCGUCUGCCCAAAGCACCCAAAUCAACAACACGCGCAAGGAAUCUUACUCAGCCAAGGCGAAGACAAUCCCUCCUAAGGACAUCACAGUCGCUAUAUUUUGCGCUCUUGCAAUCGAAGUUGUCGCUGUGAAGUACAGUUUAGACGAGCGAUUUGAUGGCUACCCAAAUGUCACUGGUCAGCACAAUUACGUCUACUCCUACGGGCGUAUUGGCGACCACAACAUCGUCAUAGCGCGGCCGCAUCAAAUGGGGACCGUGAAGGCGGCGCAAUGUGCAGCGACUGUCGCGCAGCAAUUUCCCAAUAUUCGGUUUGCAUUGAUGAUCGGCAUUGGGGGUGGCAUUCCCAGCAGCAAAUUUGACAUUCGUUUGGGCGACAUCGCCGUCAGCAUCCCUCGAGACGGUCAUCCCGGAGUCAUCGAGUAUGACUACGGAAAACAUGAGCGAGAUGGAAAGUUCGUCCUAAAAGGCUCUCUUGACAAGCCGCCUCCGAUAUUGAUCAGUGCCGAUGGCUCCUUGGAGGAGGAUGAGGAAAUGGAUGAAAGCCCACUCAGCGCGAUACUGGAAGGCAUCACCAACAAACGUCGCUAUGCGCGGCCAGGGGGUGACGACGUUCUCUUUGAACAAACUUUUCAUCACGUCAACGAAGGGGAAGAUUGCAGCGGCUGCGAGGCUUCUAGCGAGAAGAAAAUCAUGGCUCGCAAAGCUCGCGAAGAGGAGAUAAAGGUUCAUCGCGGCCUUAUUCUUUCGGGCAGCGCCGUUGUGAAAAACCUCGAUGACCGGACUCGUCUAUGCAGAAACAAUAAUACUGCGAUUUGUUUCGAGAUGGAAGCAGCCGGUAUCAUGGACACAAUUCCCUGUCUGGUCGUUCGAGGCAUAUGCGACUACGCAGACACUCACAAAAACGACCAAUGGCACCGCUAUGCCGCAGCAACAGCAGCGGCCUAUGGCAAGGCCAUUCUUACCAAGGUCCAUAUGUCAGAAUUGGAACAGACAAGGCGAAUGGGAGCGAUUUUGGAAAAUGUCGAGCAACGGUUAAAGGAAGUGGGAAACGAUGUCCACGACCUGAAGCAGGGGGCCGCAGAAACAGAAGAAGCAAAACAACGAAGAGACAUCCUUGAUUGGCUUACGCCGGUCAACUGGACCAGUCAGCAUUAUAUUCAUUCUCAAAAGCGAGAACCCGAUAGUGGCCAAUGGUUUCUUGAUUCACCAAUCUUCCAACAGUGGUUGCAGGCAGCUUCAGGAACACUCCUUUGCUAUGGGUUUCCUGGUGCAGGAAAAACCAUCAUGACAUCCGUGAUCAUUGACUAUCUAGAGUCGGAAAUCUGCAGCACUUCAACCCAAACGCCGAAUGAAAACUCAGCCGUAACAUUCCUAUAUUGCGAUUUCCAACAAACAGCGCAGUUUACAACAGUUCAUAUCCUGGAGAUUCUGUUGAAGCAGUUGGUCGAGAAACUUCCUUCCGUGCCACGGCGCGUAAAGGAGUUCUAUAUCAGCAACCGGGAGAGACCGGCACAUUCAAUUCCGCUCGCACAUGUGGCAAAAACUCUUGUCUCUGUUUUGAGCUUCUUUUCCCGAACCUUUGUUGUCAUCGAUGCACUCGAUGAAUGUGAUGAUGUAUCGAAUGUCUUGUCGGAGAUAUUCAAUCUUCAGCGGCAGACAGGAGCGAAUUUUAUAGCAACUUCUCGCCCAGAAGCCCGGAUCAAAACUCAAUUCGAGCAGUUCCCGUCAAUCGAGAUCCGAGCCGUGGACGAAGACCUGGGCCGGUACCUUGAUAAGCGUAUUUCGAAGCAUAAAGUCCUCAGAGACGAGAGUCGGGACUACAAAGCGGAGGUUAGGUCAAGCCUGAGGAAGAAAAUCAAAGAAAGAAUCUCAAAGGCUGCGGAUGGAAUUUUUCUCUUGGCUCGUUUUCAUAUGGAUUCAGUAAUGGAGAUGGCAUCACCUAACGGGAUACUGACAACGAUCGAAACACUACCUAAGAGAGAGGCCGCAUACCAGGAGAUCUACGCGAAAACAAUACAGCGAAUCAGUGGUCAGUCAGAGGAAUAUCAGUUCAUCGCAGGGAGAAUUCUUGCAUGGGUUGUCUGCGCGCUGAGACCGCUCACCAUUAUGGAACUUCGAGAAGCGCUGUCCAUCAAGCUCGGCGCUUCUCAACUCGACGAGGGCGAUUUUUACAGCACCGAAAUCAUGGUCGAAGCAUGCAGAGGCUUGGUAACAAUCGAAGGCGCAAUUGUCCAACUGCUUCAUCAUACAGCCCGCGAAUACUUGGAUUCCAACUUUUGCCUUCUCUCGCAGCUAAGCAAUCAAGCAAUUCCAGUCGUACCCGAAAUAGCCAACACCAUGGAGAAUAAAAUUGCGAGAGACGCCGCACAUCGGGAUAUCACUCUGGUGUGCAUUACCUACCUUUCACUCAGCAUCUUCGAGGUCGGGCCAUUCCUAAAGAAAUCCGAGCUAUCUCAACGACAGGAAUCAAAUAAGUUCCAUAAUUACGCUUCUUGUUAUUGGGGACGCCAUCUUAAGUGUUCUGGACCUCAUAUUUCUGGUAUCGUGGCCGGUCAGAACAUGGCUGGCUUCGUUCGCAGCAUCCCAAAGGUGACGGCGUCAAUGCAACCAUUACUCGACCACCACCCUCGCCGCUCGGAGAUACUCCAGAAUGACCUGAUUUGGACUACCCCCCUACAUCUGGCCGCUUUUUUUGGUAUUGAACUCUUCGUAAAAUUUCUGCUAGAAAGCGGUCAAGGAUACGAACAGGACCGCGAUGGUCUGACCACAUCAUCUCCCCUCUAUGAAAAGGGACAUAUCGGCGUAUUGACGGUACGUUCUCAAGAAAACUCACUCACUUCACACACAGAGGAUGCCCUAUACCAGACGCCACUCUCUCAUGCCGCUGAAAAUGGGCAUGCCGACGUAGUGGUGGCACUUCUCAAAUUCAGCCCAGUGCGCCAACGAGGUGCGUACUGGAAUGCGCCAAUCAGUCUCGCCACUGCGAACGGACAUGACGCUGUAGGCGUGCUACUUGUUGAUGCUGGUGCCUAUCACUCGGAAGACCGGAAGUUGCUACUCCAUGUCGUCAGAAGCAGAUGCACUGCGACUAUGCAGCGACUCCUUGAGAACGGCGCCGACACUGAAGUCACGGGCUACAACCGAGCAACACCGCUUAUUAUGGCUGCUCAGAGAGGCUACUUGGAAGGAGUUGAGUCCCUGCUCAACUGGAAAUCCAAAACGGAGGCAAUAGACUGGGACGAAUGUACAGCGUUGUUUUAUGCUGCUCGGUUUCAGCAUAUCGACGUGGUGAAGAUCUUGCUCAGCAAAAAUGCCGACGCCAAUGCUUACAGCCCUGAUCAUGGUACGCCACUCUUACAAGCCGCAUGUAAUGGGUCUUCAGAGAUUACCCGACUUCUGCUUGACCACAAAGCCAGUCCUGGGAUCGCGACCUUGUCAGGUCAGACUCCAUUAGAGGCUGCUGCAGAGAGGGGUCACGCAGGUGUGGUCCAGCUCCUGAUCGAGAGAGGAGAAGAUGUUCAAGGGAGGCAAGGACGUACACCGCCAUUGUGUAGUGCUGCAUCUGGAGGGCACCACUCGGCGGUCAAGCUCUUCCUCGACAUGGAUGCUGAUAUUGAGGCCAUAGACAACUCCGGUGGAACAGCAUUGUCGGUGGCCGCUCAACAGGGACAUGUCACAAUAGUUCAACUUUUGCUGGAGAGCGGCGCUGGCCGUAGCACAACAGAUGACGCACGGAACACGCCGUUACAUCGAGCUGCUCUAGAGGGCCAUGUCGACGUUUUCAAGAUUCUCCUGGACACUAAAGCCAGUCUCGAGCUGAAAAAUGACAGGGACGAAACGCCGCUUUUGCUUGCGUCCUUGCGUGGCCACACAGCAAUGGUGUCGCUCUUGCUUGACUUGGGCUCUGAUCCCAACACAGUGAAUUGCCGCCGCGAUACGGCAAUUCUGCUAGCUUCGAAGGAGGCGCACGGUGAUGUUGUGCAGGUUUUACUGAAUAAUGGCGCCAACCCUACCAUUGAGAAUAAUUCUGGAGAAACGCCAUUUUCGGUAGCUAGUCAGGCUAAGCGAUGGCCAACGGUGAAGUUGCUGUUGGAUAGCGGGUAUAUGUGAGGAUAAGGAGAAGAUUUCUG